GCGUCCUUAUGGGUUUGAAUGGAAGGCUGAGAUCGGCGGAGCUGGCGGCGAGCAGGUCGUGAAGCCCGGACUCCGCCCCCGCCGGCGCGCCAUGCGGCGGGAGAGGUGCGGCGCCUCCCGCCCGCGUCCCCGCCAUGGAAGUGCUGCGGCGCUCCUCCGUCUUCGCUGCCGAGAUCAUGGACGCCUUUGACCGCUCGCCCACCGACAAGGAGCUGGUGGCUCAGGCCAAGGCGCUCGGCCGUGAGUUCGUGCACGCGCGACUGCUGCGCGCCGGCCUGGCCUGGAGCGCGCCCGAGCGCGCCGCGCCCCCGGGUGGCCGCCUGGCCGAGGUGUGUGCCGUGUUGCUGCGCCUGGGGGACGAGCUGGAGAUGAUUCGGCCCAGCGUCUACCGGAACGUCGCUCGCCAGCUGAACCUCUCCCUGCAGUCCGAGAGCAUGGUCACUGACGCCUUCCUGGCCGUGGCCACACAGAUCUUCUCUGCAGGCAUCACAUGGGGCAAGGUGGUGUCCCUGUAUGCAGUGGCUGCAGGGCUGGCUGUGGACUGUGUGCGGCAGGCCCAGCCAGCCAUGGUCCAUGCCCUCGUGGACUGCCUAGGGGAGUUUGUGCGCAAGACCCUGGCAGUGUGGCUGCGGAGGCGGGGUGGAUGGACUGAUGUCCUCAAGUGUGUGGUCAGCACAGACCCAGGCCUCCGCUCCCACUGGCUGGUGGUCACGCUCUGCAGCUUCGGUCGCUUCCUGAAGACGGUUUUCUUUAUGCUCCUGCCUGAGAGAUGAGCCGCUGACCCUGUUGUGGCCGCAGCCUGG